AUGCAGUACGUCGCCUCCUACCUGCUGGCCACCCUCGGGGACAAUGCGUCCCCCAGCACCAAAGACAUCAAGAAAAUCCUAGACAUCGUGGGCAUCGAGGCCGAUGGCGACCGGCUCAACAAGGUCAUCAAUGAGCUGAACGGGAAGAACAGUGAAGACGUUAUUUCCCAGGGUAUUGGCAAGCUUGCCAGUGUGCCUGCGGGUGGUGCUGUGGCCGUUUCGGCUGCCCCGGGCUCAGCUGCUCCUGCUGCCGCCUCAGCCCCAGCUGCAGCAGAGGAGAAGAAAGAUGAGAAGGAGGAGGAAUCUGAGGAGCCAGGUGACGAUGUGGGCUUUGGCUUGUUUGACUAA